GGUGUGUGAUUGUGUGUGUCUCUCUCCACACAAGGCCUUCUCUAUACAGAAGCAUACAUACUUAUUUUACCUCUAUCGUCCAGUCUCCACACCUCAAAUUCUCUCAAUUAAUCCCAUUGCUCUACAAAUUAUUGGACGUAUGCUGACCGUGCUCAGAUACAUCAUGACCAUGCUAUUUCUUUGUUUCCAAUAAUGCAAAGAGGUAAAGAAAAGGGUAGCCAGCAGGUUGUAGCAUAAAUGCUCUGGUUCCCGUCCAAGUUUCCCCUCCCACCUUGAUGCUAUGCAGAGUAAAAGAGCAGGUUUUCUCCCUCUUUCCCUUCCCCCCUCCCUCUCUCUGUGUGAGUGUGCGUCCCAAGUUCUUCUCCGGUGCACAGAGAUCAUCAUAGUAGACACUCUUCACACGUCGUCAACGCACAUGGUGAAGAAUGUCCCCUGAUGCCGAGGGAGAACAAAUAGCAACACCAAAAUGAAGGAUAAAAAAAAUUAAGGAGUGAUACCAAAACAGGAAAGAAGGGGAAACAAGUGCUCGCUGGUCCGAAAGCACACCUCAUAGCUCCCACUAGUGCAAUCUGCCAUAUGCCUGCUUCAUCAUCAUUGUUGCAUUGUGUGUUGCUUCUUCUUCAUGCUCUUUUCCUCCUCCUCCGGCUGAUCCGACUGAUCCGAACUGUUAAACCAUGUUUUUUUGGUGAAUGUCAAGCUUCUCCCGUGUCCUUCCUCCCCUUCACCUUCUCAGCCUGGCACGGCCAGCGAUGUUGAUUAAGACGUAUACUGGCUCUCCGGCCUGCAAUCCCUGGCUUGUUCUUCAUGUUCCUCUUCCUCUUCCUCCCCUUACCCCAGACAAUCCAUCGUGAU